GUUCCCUCCAAUGACAAAACAUGUCACUUUCAUCAUCUUUCAUCAUCUGGUCCAAGUCAAAGAGAUAACAUUUCACGUCCUAUAACAAGUACUCUCCUUGUAUAUUAAAAUAGGGUCAGACUAAUUGCACUGGUAGAGGUCUAUUAUUUCAUAAAUGUGGGUAUAUAAUAUUAGAAUACAUUUGACGCACAAAGGGUCUGAUGUUGUAAGGAAAGUUGAUUUUCAUUAUGCAUGGGUAAAGGCAAUAAAAGUCAGGAUAUCGCAAUCUCUGCUACUUUUUUAAAACAAUCUUAUUCUAAUGUCAAACAAGUCUCAAUACUAAAUCAGUGGAGUGAUCCUUUAAACCCUCACGGUCGUCAUACAUCCGAAGGACCAUGUGGUAGUGUAAGAAUCUGAACAAGGACAGAGGAAACGACUUCUCAGUGGUAGUGUAAUAUUUGUAACAGAGCAGACACUCUAGACACUUAAUAUUAGAAGAUACUGGGUGCUGGAUAAAAAAGUAGAGUCCAGGGAAUGAUGGAAACCAUAGGUGGAGGUGUAGUCAUUACUGUAUCCACUGUGUACCAACACAAAGAUGUGCUGUUAAUGUGACACCGAAGGAGGUAACACGUUGAUUCAAAGAGCAAACGUUGGCUAGCUGGCUAGCUAGCUAGCUAGCUUGCUGGCUUGCUGGUCAGUCAGUGCCGCAGCUUGAUGUGAGCCACAUCUCCUUUCUACAUGCAAACCUUGUCAAGUCGUACAGAGCGGCAUGAGAGGUGAGUGUGAUUGGCUCCCGCUGCUGCUACAACCAUGUCUUCGGUAAGGACGGCCGAUGAAUGAAAAAAAAAACAUGCAAUGCAUCUGCUUGGUCUUCGACAGCUAGCUAACAGCAAGUCAGUUUGCUCGUGGUAACGAGGGUCGUCAUGUCACUAAUGCUUAGAAAUCAUUGUACGAUGCUGUUUCCCUGCUGCAUUACACAGCCUUCGUGUAGCGUAUAUCAACGUAACUAGAGUGUUGUCAGCUAGCUUACUAUCUUCAAAGAAGUAUCUGAAGUGUAGCAGCUGUGAUUCAUCUCAACGUAGUAAUGCGGACGCUCACAUCAGUUCAGUAUUAUUACUGUUUUGUGUGAGUAAACUGAGAGGCGUCGACUGCCUUCCAGUGCUCAUUGCCUUUCCACUGUGUAGUCAUGUGAACCAUUAGCUGGAUGGUAUACUGUGUGAUGACCCUACCAGUCAGUCAGUUCCACGUUGUCCGAAAUAGAAAUAGAGUUUCAGUUGGUACAGUAAGAAGAGCAACAGUUCCCUCCCUCCCUGUUCACCAUCAUCUCCUUUGGGCUGCAAAGCUGACAGGGGGACAUUCGAAGAUCUGUAGGCUGCUCCAUGUUCAGGAUAAUGGCUAAAGGAUAACAGCCAAGGAGCUAUUUUCCCUCAACCCCAAAAUUUUCCUUUCUUUUUCUUUUAUCUACACUUUUGGAAUAUUCCAUUGCUGAACUUCUGAAAGUCUCAUGUCUAGGAGCUUUUAUGAAAUGCGUGCAUUUCACAGUUGGAUCAUCUAAACUCAAUUUUAACUGGAUACUCUUGCUUUUGACCAGAAGACAGAAUGACUUUCAAAUUUGAAAUAAUUACGUUGUGACCGGAUAUCAAAUUCCUGCUCAUCUGGUACAUUGAUUUGUGGGAUUCUCAGUCACUUGUUUCCACCUACAGCUUUUCCAUCACCUCAUAGUGUCAUUCGGCAUGGUUCGCAAGAAAGGUUCUCUUAUACUAUGUGGUGCUUUCCUGUUUGUCGCCUGGAAUGCUUUGCUUCUACUUUAUCUUUGGGGUCGCCCUCCAGUCGGUCGUCUUGGAGAAGUUGGUGGAGCCGAACCAGGAGGAAAGGAGGAGUGGGGCAUGGGCAGAAGGAAGAGUGGUCGGGUCAAUCUUGCCGGGCAGGUGAUCCAACUUGCAGAGGAGGUAGAACUUCAGCUUGAGACCCAAAAGAAGCUAUUGAAGCAGAUCGAAAGUCAUAGAGCAAUGUGGUCUCGGCAGAAAGACCUUGGAAAAAGAGAAACGGAUGUUGUAAAAGAUUUCAAAGAAGAGGUUGUCCAACAGCCACGGAAACGUCCACUUCCCCUCAAAGACAGUGUGGAAGACUGGGACCAAACUGAACUAGAACAUACACAGAAGCCUGUUUAUACAGUUGCCCAAGACUCAAAGUUAGAACAAAACCAUGCCACUGGAAUACAGGAUGAAAUUGGUAAGAAUAAUAAACUUUUGACUUCUGUUGGCAGCCCACAAAUUGUCAUUCCCAUUCUAGUUAUUGCCUGUGACAGAGUGACGGUGAAACGGAGCCUUGACCGACUGAUGCAGUACCGCCCUUCUCCGGAACUGUAUCCAAUCAUUGUUAGUCAGGAUUGUGGCCACGCCGAGACAGCCCGUGUGAUUAGCUCAUAUGGAAAUCAAGUGACACACAUAAGCCAGCCAGACCUGUCAGACAUUAAAGUUCGGCCAGAACACAGAAAGUUCCAGGGCUACUACAAAAUUGCUCGACAUUACCGCUGGGCACUCAACCAAGUCUUCAACACAUUCUCCCAGUCUACUGUGGUCAUUGUGGAGGAUGACCUGGAGGUGGCACCAGACUUCUUUGAGUAUUUCACAGCCCUCUACCCAAUCUUGCGCUCUGAUCCCACCCUGUGGUGUGUUUCUGCCUGGAACGAUAAUGGCAGAGACGCCUUGGUGGAUCCAUCCAAAGCCGAGCUUCUCUACAGAACAGAUUUCUUCCCUGGGCUGGGUUGGAUGCUUCUCAAGGAGAUGUGGGAGGAACUGGAACUGAAAUGGCCCUCAGCCUUCUGGGAUGACUGGAUGCGUCAACCGGAGCAACGCAAGGGGCGUUCCUGCAUUCGGCCAGAAAUCUCCCGCACUAUCACCUUUGGCCGGAAAGGUGUCAGUUUAGGUCAAUUCUUUGACCAGUACCUUCGCUAUAUUAAGCUAAAUACUGAAUUUGUGCCUUUUACCGAACAGGAUUUGUCUCAUUUGCUUAAAGAGAAGUAUGAUGAAAAGUUUAACAAAGAGGUUUACAGUGCCUCACUGGUGAAGAUUGAGGACCUGCAACAAGGGGGCAGCUUAAGAGGCCCUGGACCGUACAGGGUGCAAUACUCUAGUCGGGACAGUUUUAAAGUCUUAGCUCGAAAUCUGGGGGUGAUGGAUGACUUGAAAUCUGGGGUUCCUCGCACAGGUUACAGGGGUGUUGUCAGUUUCCUGUACCGAGGUCGAAGGGUGUUCUUGGCUCCACCAGAGGGCUGGACACAAUAUGACAUCAGCUGGAGUUGAGUGACUGAUGCAGUCUAUACAAGCUGAAAUGCUGUUGAAGAGGGGAGAGAGCCUUACUCAGAGGAACACCCACUCAGACCAAAGAAUAUCAGCAGAUGUAUUGAUUCUUUAAGAAAUUAAAGCAGCGUUGAUGGGGUUGCAAAUUAUUUGCAGCAGGGAGAUCGUGGCCUGUUUGUUAGGGAAUCUUAGAAGUUCACAACUUUAGAGACAGCACUAAGUUAAAACUGAAAAUUCUAUCUUUCAAAACAGCUAUUGGCAAUGUGCCUUGCUUUCUGGGCCCAUUUUUGUUUGGCAUAUUUUUUAUUCCUGUGAAUAACUGGCUAAACUCAUUUUGCUUCAUGUUUGCAGUUGUUAAAGGAAGAGCAUGUUUCAGUGAUGGUGAUAAUUCACUGCAAGCUUAAACACAAGAAGAGUGACCAUCACUAGAAAAAUAUGCAUUAUGUAUAAAAUUUAGGGACAUCUUUUUAUAUAUAUCUUUAGAUAGAUAUCUAUUGAUAUAUAUAUAUAUCAACAUUUUAGAAAGUAACUGUCAAAAUUGUUUUUUGUUUAGAACAAGUAGGAUUUGGGAUUUUGUGGUUGCAGACCAUGUUCACCAGAUUGACUGCGGGCUGCACACCCACUGCUCAUAGGUUAACACCAAGAAAUGUUCCUUACACAGCAAAAUACACUUCCUGGCACCAAAAUGUCCACCUGGAUUUGAUUAAGCAAAUAGGUAAUAGCCUUGCAUUGGCAAAAUUAAUGCAGUGAGUAAUAUGAUUCAGCUGGCAACUCAUGUAGUGAGUAGCUUCUUAUUUAUAUAACAACAGCCAUGUCAGAAGACAUAUCCUGUGGUCCUGGAAAAGAUGUUACUCUGUUUUAGAAGAGUCAAAUCAAUUCUGCUCGUUCUGCCUUUUAAGAUACUUUUGAACAAAAUAGAGUUGAAAAUGUUUUGUGCAGGAUAGUAGCAGUUGUAGUAACAGAUGUUAAACAGUACAGAAACAGUACUGGAGAAGCAAGUGUGAAGGUUUUCUGUAAUUUAUCUGCACUGCUGUUUUUAGAUUAGUUCAUGAAUAUGGCAAUGCCAAGAGAUUAUCUCACAGUGUUAAACCUCUAUGAGCUUCAAAGUCAUUGAAGAAUAGAAUAGUGUUAAUACCUGUUUGAAAUGGCCACACUUGAAAACAGGUGAACGAAACUAACUUGUCUUUACAAUGUUAAUAUAAUGAAUUAUAUAGAUGGUCUCUCCUCAAAGGCAUUCAUGGUGUUGUACUUGUUUCAUAUUCAGAGCAACAGAAAUAAUUAUGUGAAGAAUGAAAAAGAGAACUUGAGAGAGAAGUUGAACCCCACCCAUAUUCAUACCCUCAUACAUCCGCCCAGUCAUUAUAUUAAGUUGGUUUGACUAACAGCUGAUUGGACACAGCUAUCAAAAAGGUUUUUCAAACUCCUUUAAGACUUUUUGAGGAACACAAGACCUCUGUGGUUGAUCUCUUGCUCCAGUGGUCUUGGAUGGCUGGUAAUUUUAUUUUAUUUAUUUAUUUAUGUAAUUAUUAUUUGUGUUGUUGUUAAACUAAUAUCUAUUUAUUGUGUCCCAGUUGCACAGUUUAAACAACAUCGCUGUGAUGGUUGAAGAGAAUUUCUUUACUGAAGGAAAUACUGUACCACAUUGAUUCUGCAGUGGGUUAUAGAAUCUGCUUUUCUACCAUACUACUCUCCAUGUAAGUGAACUUUGUUCUCGGUGUGUAGAAAGACUUUAAUAUAAGUGAUGAAAUCAUAAUGGUGUGGCUAUUUUGAAAUGACUUAACAGUCUUGAAUUUGAAGUUCUAACUAGUUCUGAAAGCUGCAAAUGAAAUUCAGAUGUCACUGAUGUGACUGAUGAUCACACUGAAGCCCUGAUGCAGGGCAAGUUGUAAUUACAUGACAUCCAAACAAUGGUUUGGUCAGCCUAGGUUUGUUGAAAAACCACAGAUUGUUUUAUAGUUUUAUGUUUCUGCAACAAGAAGGCUGAGGAGUGGUGAGAGAAAUUAUCAUCAUUGUACUGUAAUUGGCUUAGAGAGAUUGAUUAAUUCCCAUGUCUGUAUGGUAAUGUGUUUAACCACUGCCUGAUAUGUUUAUAACUUUAAUACAGUAUAAAUAAAAUCAGCUAUUUUGAUAUUUGUUCAAAUGCUGAAUGAGACAUCUGUGUAAUUUGCAAUGCUGAACAGUGGCUUGUGUCAUAUUUGUGCAUUUUAAACAACUGAAUUGAAGCAUCUUACCUGGUUGAUGGUUAGUUUCUAUGGGACUGCAAAAAUAUCUAUACAAUCUUGACAUCCUUGAAGAUAUGACCCGUUUAAGAAAAGCUUGAUCAAAGCAAAGGAGAACUUACAAAUUCAGUCUCGUGCUGCUGUCCUAGGGGAUACGUCAUGAAGUCAUGACAUAGCCAGGCUUUCUUUGCAUUACCUGGCUCUACAAAACCUAAAAUCUUAAUCAGAAAUAUUGAGUAUCUUGACAGUGGUCAUUCAUUUUUUUGUGACUCAAAGGUUUCUUUAAUGAGGUCUGUGAGCUUUUACUUAAAAAGGGCAUUUGGUGCAUAAUUUGACCC